AUGUCACAGAAAGCACUUGUUCUCGAGUCAGCUAAAGCUCCUUUCGUUGUGAAAUCGAUACCGAUUCCAAAGCCUGGCCCUGGUCAAAUACUUGUCAAGGUACUUGCAUGUGCAUUGAACCCGGUAGACUUCGUUGUCCAAGCACGGGACAUCUUCCCGAACGUCACUUACCCUACUGUCCUCGGCCUUGAUGUCGCUGGAGACGUCGAGGAGCUGGGUGAAGGCGUCGAAGGAUAUGCUAAAGGUGACAGAGUAUUCUUCGCCGCUGUAUAUACAUUGAACAACGGUGGAUUUCAGCAAUACACGUUGAAGACAAUAGCAGAUUCUGACAUCGGAAAGAUUCCACCUCAGAUCAGCUACAGCGAAGCUUCGUCUAUUCCUCUGACUUUCGCAACCGCAGCUAUUCCUUUGCUGUCUGCUAACCCUGUAGGAUGUGGCUUGAAUCCCACCUUUGAUCCCAAGGUUAGUUUCAAUGGAGAGGCAGCCCUCGUUAUUGGCGGAGGGACCUCUGUAGGUCAAUUUGCUAUCCAAAUCUUCAAAUACGUUGGCUUCAGCACGAUCAUUACAUAUGCGUCCUCCAAGCACUCUGAUUAUCUGAAGUCGCUCGGUGCCACUCACGUCAUAGACCGCACGGAUGUCUCUUUCUCAGCUCUCCCCGAAGCUGUGAAGGCUAUCACUCCAUUACCCAUCAAGAACAUCUAUCUGGCUAUCAUCGUCGCGCCAGAGGCUUUUGAUGCAGGAUAUGCGUGUCUCGCGCAUGGAGGACAGAUGGCCACUGCUAAUCCGACUCCCCCAAAGCCCGAUGACGCUGAAGCAACUGGACGAAAGAUCUACGGGGUAUUCGCCUCCACUCAAAUCGAACCCAACAUAGAAUUCGGGAAGGCGAUGUGGAAGAAUUUGCCGAAACUCAUGGAAGAAAGGAUCAUCAAGCCGAACCGCGUUGAGAUGCUAAUACCUAAUGGCCUCGCUGAAGUCCCCGAUGCGUUACAGAGAUUCAUGAGCGGCGGAGUCAGUGGCGUCAAACUUGUUGUGAACCCGCAGGAGACAACAUAA